UCCACCCUCUUCCGCCUGGGCCUUCAUCCCUAUGGGAGCCGGGGAUGGAGGAGGAAAGAGAAGGCAUUGAUGAAGGGGGAGGAAGUGUGUGUGUCCCUCCUAAUCCAAUGUAUUUGUCCCACCCUAUUACUCAGCUCUCGGGGUUUCUGUCCUGCCUUCCAUCUUCCUCCAUCUUUGGAAGACACAAAGGAAGGAGAGUAAAGAAAGUGAGAGGAGACAGUGAUCUGAGGCAAUGGAGUACAAGACAGACAUGGGGGCUAUGAGUGCCUCCCAGUUGCCCCCCUCAGCUGCCCAGUGCCUCUCCAUCUCUGGUAACAGCACCCUGCUAUCCUUGCCAGCUUCCCGUGUGGCAGGUGCCAUCCUCCUUGGGGUUGCUGCCCUCCUGGGGCUACCAGGAAAUCUCUUUGUGGCCUGGAGCCUGUUGCGGCGGACACAGCCUGGGCGCCGUUCUGUCACCGCUGUGCUAGUACUCAACCUGGCCCUGGCUGAUGGCGCUGUCCUCAUCCUCGCACCCUUCUUUGUCCUUUUCCUUGCCGCUCGGUCCUGGCUCCUCGGCGAGGUCGCCUGCAAGACUCUCUACUACAUCUGUGGCCUUUCCAUGUAUGCCAGCAUCUUCAUCGUCACCCUCCUCAGCCUCGACCGCUGCUUGGCUGUCUGCCAGCCCUUCCUCUCCCUCACUCUGCGGAGGAAGGCUGUGGCCACCAAGGCCUUGGUGGCCACGUGGCUGGGGGCUGCCAUCUUGGCCUCACCAGCGCUAGUCUACCGCCGUGUGGUGCCAGACCCAUCUGCGCCAGGCCAGCUCUGUGAGCCAUGCCAUGGCCACCCUGCUGCGGCUGUCUUCCACCUGGCCUUGGAGACAUCUGUGGCCUUUGUGCUGCCCUUCAUCAUUAUUGCUGGCAGCUAUGCUGCCAUUCUGGUGCGGCUGCGAGGCCGGCCAUGGCGCCAUGGCAGCCGCACAGGGAGGUUGGUUGCCGCUGUGGUGCUCUGUUUUGCUGCUCUGUGGUUGCCCUACCACGUGGUCAAUGUCUUACAGGCCACCUCCAGUGUGGCCACAGGUCAGGCAGCUGAGAGCUUGGGCCAGGCUUGGAAGGCUGCCCGGGCUGGGGCUACUGCCUUGGCCUUCCUCAGCAGCAGCCUCAACCCCAUCCUCUAUGCCUUUGCUGCUGGCCACCUUAUUCGGUCCUCUGGGGCUGACUUCCUUGCCCGCUUCUUUGAAGGCACCUCUGGGGACCUCAAUGGGAAUCAGCCAGCCCAAGGACACCUAGCAAUGGACAUGAUGGGGCCUCCCAUGCAGUGACUAUAAUUACACUAAUCAGGCUGACUGGAGCACGCAGUGAUCAGGCACAACUGGUUCAUGUGCUAAUUGUCUUUUAAGCUUUGUGCAUGCAUAUUUUGGGGUAAUUUUAAUUGAUCUUUAAGUGUGAUGUUAUCUGCUAAUGUUAUCUAUGAAGCACUGUUUUUCCCUUGAACAAAGUAAAAGCUGCAAAGGGAGGGUUGGCAUAUCUGAAUGCAAUUGUCACUGGAGGCUUAGGGCUGCUAAGGGGUUAGGGCUAGCCUGCAGGUGCUAGGG